AUCACAUGACAGUUAAUAUGGCGACGUACACAAUUUCCAUAGCCGUAAAAAUUUUCUUUCUUUUUCAAGUUGUAACAGUAAUUGCUUAUCCAUUUAAAGAGGACUAUAUAACUCAAAAAUUAGAUCACUUUAAUAAUCAGGAUCUUCGCUAUUUCAAACAGCGAAUUCUUAUACAAGGUGAAUAAAUCAAUUCCGUUUCGAUUUCUUCUGUAAUUAAUCUUGAUAAUCCUUAUCAGACAAAUGGUGGGGAACUUCCUCAUCUCCCGUAUUUUUCUAUACUGGAAAUGAGGGGAAUAUCGAACAAUUUUGGAAUAACACAGGUUUUGUGUUCGAUAUCGCACCGAAAUUUAAUGCUCUAGUAGUGUUUGCUGAACAUGUAAGAUGGCAAGUCUAUAAUUCAUUUAUAUUUAUAAAACUACACUUCUUUUAGCGUUACUAUGGCAAAUCAUUACCAUUUGGACCAGUAGACAGCUUCACUUCAGAUAAUGUUGGCUAUCUGAGUAUCAAUCAGGUUUUAGCCGAUUUUGCCCUUAUUAUUACCAGCGUUAAGAGGAAGCUAAACAUUAAGGCACCAGUGAUCUCCUUCGGUGGUAGCUAUGGGGGAAUGUUGACCGCUUACCUGAAACUAAAAUAUCCGGGUAUAAUACAAGGAGGAAUUGCAGCUAGCGCUCCCGUUUUAUCUAUUGUUAAUCCAACUUACAGAGAUAGAUAUUUUUUCCAAAGUGUUACUAAAUCGUUUGCUGAUGAAGGAUGCGCUGAUAAAAUCAGAACAACUAUAAAGCAUAUUACUAUCAAGAAAGAUUACGCAGUUAUCUCUAACAAAUUUAACCUCUGCAAACCUCUAACUGAUGAGGCUGGUUUAAAUCAGUUUUUAGGUUGGAUAAGAAACGCUUUUGUAACAAUUGCGAUGGUAAAUUAUCCUUAUCCUGCCUCUUUCUUGGGAAAUCUACCAGGAUUCCCAGUCAAAAAAUCCUGUGAUAUAAUAUCAAAAGAGUUUUCUGUAAACCCUUACGAUGGGCUUGCUCAAGUAGUUUCUAUGCUAUACGGUGACAAACAAUGCCAUGAUAUUUACAAGGAAUACGUUGCGUGCUCGGAUACUAGCGGCUGCGGUGUAGGUAAUGAUGGAUUAGCCUGGGACUAUCAGGCUUGCACUGAAUUACUGUCUCCAGGUGGAACGAAUUCGAAAACUGAUAUGUUUGCUGAUAUGCCAUUUACUAUGGAUGAUAGGAAGAAUUACUGCAGUCAACGAUGGAAUGUGACUGAUUGGAGUACUUUUAACGAAAUUGAUUUUGGAAUGGAAAGUAUAAAUCAAACGUCGAAUAUAAUAUUUUCUAAUGGAAACUUGGAUCCGUGGCAUGGUGGCGGUGUAAGGAUUUUUUAUGAUAUAUAUAGAAUACUCUUGCGUUUUUAUCGUUCUUUUUUUUGCUUUCUCCAGGUUUUAUAUAGCAUAAAAGAUCGAUUAAUUUCUUUAAUAGUAAUCGGUGGCGCCCAUCAUCUCGAUUUAAGAGGUCAAAAUCCUUUGGAUCCACCGUCCGUUAGACAAGUACGCAAGAUGGAAGAGCAUUAUAUAGAGAAGUGGAUCAGAGAAUACUAAGAAAAGAAGAUAAUAUUUUAACUAUACAAUUUCACGAAUAAAAAGACCCUUAAGAAAUUAUACAUAUACCAUAUACUAAUAUAUAUAUUAUUAUACUUGGGAUAACAUAAGCAAUAGAUGGCGUCGCGAAAAAGCGUUUAAUUCAAUACUUAAACAUUCGCAAAUUGCCUUCGAAUGCAAUCACAUUUACAUACUCAAAAUCCUUAUUUGCAUAUAUAUAUAUAAUUGAUUGUUAUUAAAAAAUCUCAAUU